CUUCCCCCCCCCCCCCCAAAUUCCCGUUUGGGAGGUGAUGCCGGUGGCGGCUCCGGCGCCGUUCCCGUUGGGAUCCACCGGCAGCGCUGCCCAUGGCCGAGCACCAGGAGCUGGUGGCCGAGAUGCCGGCGGUGGCGCGGCUCGGCAUUCCCGAUCGCCUCCGGCACGCCCGGGAGCGCCGGGCACAGCAGCUCCGGAGCUGGGCCCAAGCCGAGCGGGAAGCGCCGGGAGCCGAGAGGAAGAGGAGGAGGAGGAGGAGGAAGAGCGGCGGCGCCCAGGGGAAGAGGGUGACGUUCCCGGAGAACGUCCGGCUCCUGGAAGCGGCCGCCCGGAGAGAUGCGGAGGAGGUCCGACAAUUCCUGGCCAGCGGCAUCAGCCCCGACCUGUGCAACGAGGACGGUCUCACCGCGCUGCACCAGAGCUGCAUCGAUGACUGCGGGGCCGUGGUGACGGCGUUGGUGGACGCCGGCGCCGACGUCAACGCCGUCGACAGCGAGCUCUGGACCCCUCUUCACGCGGCCGCCACCUGCGGCCACCUGGGCCUGGUCCAGCUCCUGAUCCAACGCGGAGCCGAUCUGUUGGCGCUCAACUCCGACGGGAACAUGCCCUACGACCUGUGCGAGGACGAGGCGACCUUGGACUGCCUGGAGAGCGCCAUGGCCGCGCAGGGGAUCACGCAGGAGAAGAUCGAGGAGGCGCGCGCCGCUCCGGAGCGCGGGAUGCUGGCGGAGAUCCGGCGGCUCCUGGAUGCCGGAGAGGAUCUGGAUGCUCCACGGGGACACGGAGCCACCUUGCUCCACGUUGCCGCGGCCAACGGGUACAUGGAGGCGGCGGAGCUGCUGCUGGAGCAUCGCGCCGGGAUCGCCGUCCGGGAUUGGGAUGGAUGGGAGCCGCUGCACGCUGCUGCCUGCUGGGGGCAGCUGCCCAUCCUGGAGCUCUUGGUUGCUCAUGGAGCCGACCUCAAUUCCAAGUCGGAGCUGGAUGAGACGCCCCUGGACGUCUGCGGGGAUGAGCGGACCCGCUCCAAGCUCCUGGAGCUGAAGCACAAGCGCGCGGCCGUGAUGAAAUCCCAGGAAAAACACAAAUCCCUGCUCCAGCGCCGCGCUUCCAGCGCCGGGAGCCGCGGGAAAGUCGUGCGCCGCGCCAGCCUCUCGGAGCGCUGCAGCCUCUACCGGCGGGAGCACGAGCGCGAGGCCCUGGUGUGGCAGCGGCGCCGCGGGAGCCCCGAGGUGAUUCCCGAUGGGAAUGGGUCGGGAUGGGAUCCGCCCGGGAUCCCCCCUCCCCCCCCCUCCCUGCACUCUUCCCAACAGCAUCCAAUGGGAUCGGAUCCGGAGCAACCCAACGGGGUCCCGAGCCCCCCCCACACCUUGGCCGAUCUCAAGAGGCUCCGGGCGGCUUCCAAGGGGCAGCGGCUGGAGCGGGAACGUCGGGAUCCGGAGCGGGAACGUCGGGAUCAGGAGCGGGAACAACGGGAUCAUCGGGAUCCGGAACGGGAUCAUUGGGAUCCGGAGCCGCCGCUCCUGAAGCUGACGGCGCCCCUGGAGGAGGCUCCGGGUGGGAAGCGCCGGUGCUGCCGGGUGAUGUGAGAGCAGCCGGGG